UCUCAGACAUCCAUUUUUUCUCUGUUGUCAUUCUUCUCUCUCAUCUUUCUCUCUCUUCAUACCGAACCAGACCAGCUUCCUCCGUUAAUCUCUCAACAUUCUGAUUUGUGGAAGCACUUUUGUCUCUUCCUCUCUGAUCCAGCACAUACUCCUCUUUUAUUUUUUAUUUUGCUCUGUUAAUUUGUUUUGCAUUAAAGUUCAUUUUUUUUGUCAUUUUUUGUGUGUGGUUCCUGACACUUGUUAAUCAUUUUUGUUUUUGGGGUUAAUGGGGUCCUAUUAUCUGCAAUUUUUGUGGUCGGGGAUGAUUGAUUUGGGUUGAAGGAAUGUAGCUGGUUCUGUGUUCUGAAUAAGGAUUUCAUCCUCGUUGAUUGGGGGUGUUGCAAAAUUCAUAAAUUUGAUUCAUUUAAUUUAUUAUUUGUCCUGGAUAUAUGCUAUACACCAAUUUAGUACUAAUAUGAUGAUGGGCUGUGAAAUCUUAUUGGAUUUGGGUGGAUUUUAGAAGAAAGUUUGGAUUUUUGACUCAGGUGAAUCUGAGGAGAAUCAGCUUGGUCUCUUUUUCACCCCCCCCCCCCCCCCCCCUUCUCUCUCUCUGUGUUUGUGAUUGUGCACAAUCACGUGCUGAAUUGGGCACAAUAUGGAUCAUGUGAUUGGUGGGAAGUUUAAACUGGGAAGGAAAAUUGGGAGUGGGUCUUUUGGGGAGCUCUAUUUAGCUGUUAAUGUACAAACUGGAGAGGAGGUGGCUGUUAAGCUGGAACCUGUGAAGACCAGGCAUCCACAGCUUCACUAUGAGUCAAAAUUGUAUAUGCUUCUUCAAGGAGGAACGGGGAUUCCCCACCUCAAGUGGUUUGGAGUUGAGGGAGACUACAAUGUCAUGGUUAUUGACCUUCUUGGACCAAGUCUGGAAGAUUUAUUCAAUUAUUGCAACCGGAAAUUCACAUUGAAGUCAGUGUUAAUGCUUGCUGAUCAAUUAAUUAACAGAGUUGAAUAUAUGCAUUCACGAGGUUUCCUUCACCGUGACAUAAAGCCAGACAAUUUUCUAAUGGGCCUAGGACGUAAAGCAAAUCAAGUGUACAUCAUUGACUAUGGCCUUGGAAAAAAAUAUAGGGAUCUUCAGACUCAUAGGCACAUUCCAUACAGGGAAAACAAGAACCUUACAGGCACAGCACGCUAUGCAAGUGUCAACACUCAUCUUGGAAUUGAACAAAGCAGAAGGGAUGAUCUGGAAUCUCUUGGUUAUGUGCUCAUGUAUUUCUUAAGAGGAAGUCUUCCUUGGCAGGGACUGAAGGCCGGCACCAAAAAACAAAAAUAUGAUAAAAUCAGUGAGACAAAGGUGUCAACUCGCAUAGAGGUGCUCUGCAAAUCAUAUCCCCCUGAGUUUGUAUCAUACUUCCAUUAUUGCCGGUCAUUGCGGUUUGAGGACAAGCCAGAUUAUUCAUAUUUAAAGAGACUUUUCCGAGACCUGUUUAUUCGAGAAGGCUAUCAAUUUGACUAUGUUUUUGACUGGACUAUAUUGAAGUAUCCACAGAUUGGUGGCAACUCUAGAGGGCGGCAUGACACUGGCAAGGCAGCUAUGUAUGGAGCCACACCUUUACAUAGACCAGAAAAAGUCUCAGUCGGGAAAGAGAUUAGAGAGAAAUUCUCUGGUGCAGUUGAAGCAUUCUCCCGAAGGAACCCUGCAAGUUCUAGUCCUCGUGCUGAUCAUGUCAGACAAAGGACUUAUGAGGAUGUAGCAGUACACAAUGAUUUGCACUAUGCCCAACACAGUUCCUCACGAUACGGCAGCAGUUCAAGAAGAGCCAUGGUCUCAUCAAACAAGCAAAUUUCGUCAGGCGAUUAUACUGGCAGGCUGACCUCAAAUGGGGGUCGUACACCUGGCCCGCAUAGAGUUCAACCUGUGUAUGAAACCAAACAAGCAACAUUUAUGCGCAGUGGGUCUACAAGAGGCAACCGUGAUGAUCCUCUGAGGAGCUUUGAGCUCCUCAAUAUCAGGAAGUAAUUAAGUAAAUGGGGGUGUCUUGUUGUUGCCAGUUCUAUAUUUUGACACCUGAAAUGCCAGCUUUUAUUCAAGAAUAUAGUAUCAAGCAUUAUGGAAAGAAACCAAAGAAUCAAUUUCAUGGAUAUUACUGAAUUACAAUUGAGGUCAUAAUGGCUUGACCUCCUGAUGUCAUUUUUGGAUCAAGGUGGACCUUUUUUUUUGCCCCCAGAUUGCAUCAGAAGAUUUCUCUCUGCCACCUAACUUGUUCUUAAAACGUGCCAAGGAUAAUUCAACCCGGAUUCUUUUUAUAUUUAAUUGUUGUACUAAAUGAAACUUGAGUUGUAAGUUAUAUGAUAUUCCUAUGUUAUUGUUUGUUGACAAUGAGGUCCAACACUACCUACUUGUAUGUUAUUUACACUUGCCCUUGAGGAUGAAAUUUAUUAA